GAAGGAAGAAGAAAGGGAAGUGCUGCUUUCAGGAUUUGGUUCGAGUCAAGACAAGAAUAUAGUCCAUGAAGGUUUUCAGUAAAGCUUUUCAAAUGACAUUAGAAGCCAAAUACUUGCUACUAGAAGAAGAGGAGGACUGCAUAUCUACUACCUCUUGGGAUUGCACAGAAAAUUGUGAGAUUGUCUUCUGAUGAUGCUAUAUAUUAUAUUGAUUUCUUCUACUCUCAUCCCUUUCUUUCAACUUCCAACCAUACUCCCACCCAUUCCACUUUUUUCUUUUUUCUCGGACUAGAGGAUUUAUUUUGAUUGUGCCAUUUGCUUUGGAGGAAAAAAAAACAAGAGGUUGAUCUAUCUCUUCUCCACUAGAAGUGACUUACAAAAAAAUUAUUAUCUUUCCAUUUUUGAGUGGAAUUUCUUUAAAAAAUCCUCUUUCUUGCAUUGCUAAAUAAAACAAGGUCUCCUCUAUUGUGUAAGUUAGUCUGGGAUAGAGAAAGCCAUUUUAGUAGGAGCUGGAGUGGCAUACAGAUGGAAAGGUGUAUUUUUGGAUUCUAUUGCUUAGUUCUUAUGGACCCAGGACAAGUUUGGACUGGAACACUUAAUCCUCAGAAACCUGAGCCAGAACUGCAGGUGGAGGUCAAAGACAAUGCCACUUCGGGUCCCAUCUUGGAGGACACCAUUGUAGCCCCCACAGAGUCCAUCUCUGGGGGAGAGCGGUGCCUUGGUUAUUACGAUGUGAUGGGCCAGUGGGAUCCUCCAUUUAACUGCAAUUCGGGGAUCUACAAUUUUUGCUGUGGAACUUGUGGUUACCGCUUCUGCUGCCAAUUCACAAGUGGAAAACUUGAUCAAAGUGGUUGUUCGAAUUAUGAGACACCAGAAUGGGUCAACACAGGCCAACCACCACCUCGAGUGGAUGAGACUCCUCAGAAUCCUACCAAGGACAAGACCAACAUGAUUGUAUACAUUAUUUGUGGUGUGGUAGCCAUCAUGGUGCUGGUGGGUAUCUUCACCAAACUGGGACUGGAGAAAUCCCAGAGCCCUCAAGCUGAGAUUACCAUGUCCAGAACACUCACAGAUCUUCUAAAGCAACCUGGACAUAGCUCAUCUGAUCACUUGCCUGAUGGCCAUAUCAGCAGUGUGCAGGUCCAGAUUGGUGAUAGCCUUUCUCGGGGAUCUCCCUCAAGUAACAAAGAUCAGAAACACCUGAACAAUGCUGUGAUCAACUCGUCCACAGUCUCACAGAUUGGGCUGUCACACUCACAUAACAAUCAGUUGCAAAUGACAAGUGUUUUGCCUAACCAGGCUUCAGAUUAUGCCAAAUAUGCCACUCUAAAGGCUGUAGAAAGUGCCCCAGAAGAAUUCUACAAGAGGUUUCCCAUGGUGGAGAUGCCAUCAUCAGGCACCUUGUCAUUUUCUCCCCUAACACUUCAUCGAAAUGAUCUCCCACCUUUCCCAGAAGGCACUGCUCUCAUUGGCUUGGGGACACCAGGACAGAAAACUAAAGUGAUGAAAACCAAUGCAGGCAGCCCUGUCUUCAAAGGGGGCUGGGAUCACGGCCACCCUGAAUUUCGACGACAAGCUUAUGCCACCAGGCGUCAGUUCAGUAUUGAGAAGCUGCCUGAGGUCUUCAGCCAAACCCCCACUCAUUAUGUGCAGCAACAACGGCUUUUUUCCACUAAUAGCAAGACUGAGGUCACAGUCUAGAAUGGAUUUAUUGUUCAUUCCUAUAUUCUUCCCUUUGAAGCAAUUGGUGAAGUGGGGCCUGACAGCUUGGAAUAAAGUUGCUUCACUCAAGUGUCACUGCUAGAUUCUGGAAGGAAACAUAGAAGAUGCAGAGAAAACUAGAGUGCUUGCCAGAGCUGAUGAUCGUCUACAAUUGUAACAGAACUCAUUUGUUCAAUUAGGACAAUUUGACAAAACCUGGUUAGCGUGCUUGGUGAAACCAGCAUGCCUUUACUACCCUAUUGCUCGAUGCACUGCUGUUGUUUCCUAAUUCAGUUUUUCAUUAUAUUAUACCAGAAUCAUCCAUACCAAGAGAAACCUUCAGGACUCUGUUACUGCAUGGAACUGCGUCAAAAGAGGGAAUAUGUUUCUGCCCUUCCCAUUCCUACAGUGCUCUAACAAAAGACAAAAAUCACUCAUGCAAUAAUUAAUUGGUACCUUGUGUUUGGAUAUUCACUCUAUAUUAUAUUACUUAUCAAAUUUCUAUGUGUUUAAAUUUCUGGGGGAAACAAAGACAGGAUAUAAAUCUAAUAAUAAAUGAAUAAAAAUAAACAGUCUGAAAUGGAAGCAUCAAGGACUGUGAGAAAAUGUAUGCCAUUUCCUUCAUUUUUAGCUUCCCUUUUUCUUUAUAUAACAUUUGUUUUAAUCGUAUUUUAACAAGUCAUUUUGGGGUUUUGUAUAUAAAUAUUCUAUACAAUGCACAUGGUUUGCAUUCCUUUAAUAUUAAGAGUCUCAUAUUUAACUGGAUAACUUUAUAGGGUUGAAAAGAUCUGGGCAGAACAUAAGGCAUAUUUCCCACCUAAUUAUGAGAUUCAUGUAAAAUAUUUAAUACCAUCAUAAUGACAUCUUGUUAAAUCACAAAAGGCAUGUGUGUGAUCAUGUAAACAAACAUAUUUGUGAACAUAUAUUUGUAACAUCAUAACUCAUUCCCCAUUGCCUAUAUAAACAUGUAUUUAUUAGCUGUAUAGUAACAAAUUCAAAAUAUUGAUAUUUCAGCCACCAUAUUUCACUUUAUAUCACAUUUCACUCUGGCUCUUUUCAUUGAGUCUUUUUUCAUGAUCUCUGGACCACCAGAUCAGAUACAACAUGAUCCACCAGUUGAUGUGUAAUUGGAGUUGUAGUCAUAUUCUGAUAUAUCUUGUAGCAUGGAAGAAAAUCUUUUUAAAUUGAGUUCUGGCUAUUAAAAUAUACAAAUGCUGAUUUCCCCUGAAAUGCAGCCAAAAAGUACUUGCGAUAGAUACCAACUAAUUGCGGCUGUAUCAUGAUCUGAUUUAAAUUCAGCCACUACUCAAUUCACUUCUGCUUCUGAAUAGUAUUCCAAGCUCUGAUUGCAAACAGAUACAUGUCACUAGGAAUUUUACUUCAUCACAUGAUGAAAUCAUUGUGGGUGUCCAAUUUCUUUCCAAACAACAAAAUGUCACUUCAUAUUUUUGGCAAUAUAGCUGCUAUUUUAGAAUGAUUGAUACCUGGUAUUGAAGUUUUAAUUUGUAUUUUAGUUUAUACUGCUGGAUAUGUGUGUGUCAUCUGUGUGACACAGUAAUGUCUUCUAAUUAUUAUUAUUAUUAUUAUUAUUAUUAUUAUUAUUAUUAUUAU